AUGCUGAGUCCGGAGCGCCUAGCCCUACCAGACUACGAGUAUCUGGCUCAGCGACAUGUCCUCACGUACAUGGAGGAUGCAGUGUGCCAGCUGCUAGAAAAUAAGGAAGAUGUUAGCCAGUAUGGUAUUGCCAGGUUCUUCACUGAAUACUUUAACAGUGUAUGUCAAGGAACUCAUAUUCUCUUUCGGGAAUUCAGCUUUAUCCAAGCCACCCCUCACAACAGGGCAUCAUUCCUACGGGCCUUCUGGAGAUGCUUCCGAACUGUGGGCAAAAAUGGCGAUUUGCUGACCAUGAAGGAAUAUCACUGUUUGCUGCAGUUACUGUGCCCGGAUUUCCCACUAGAGCUUACUCAGAAAGCAGCCAGGAUUGUGCUCAUGGAUGAUGCCAUGGACUGCUUGAUGUCCUUUUCAGAUUUCCUCUUGGCCUUCCAGAUCCAGUUUUACUACUCAGAAUUCCUGGAGAGUGUGGCUGCCAUCUACCAGGACCUACUGUCAGGCAAGAACCCCAACACAGUGAUUGUGCCAACAUCGUCCAGUGGGCAGCACCGCCAGCGCCCCAACUUGGGCGAGGUCAGCAUACUGGAGGGGGUCGAGGCAUCCCUCUUCUACCAGCGCCUGGAGAGCCUGUGUGACCGGCACAAGUACAGCUGCCCACCCCCAGCGCUUGUCAAAGAGGUUCUAAGCAACGUUCAGAGACUGACCUUCUACGGAUUCCUUGUGGCUCUCUCCAAGCACCGUGGAAUCAGCCAAGCCCUCGGAGCUUUGCCUGACAAAGCGGACCUGAUGCAUGACCCAGCCAUGGAUGAGGAGCUGGACCGACUGGUGGUGAGGUCGAGGCUGCACCGGACCUCGAGGCAGCACAGGGCCGAGAAGCCAGGGGACUUUGGCUUUCAGAGAAGAGACAAGCUGGAGGCCCUGGAGAAAGUGCCCUCAGCUUCGGCACGGACGCCCUACCCAUAUCGGUGGGAGCCCAAACAGUGA